AGUCAAAGGACCAAAAAACAAACAAAUCUCAACUCACAGAAACCAUAUACUACUACUGCACCUUGAAGUCUCCGUUACGCGAUUUCAAACUCCCAUCUCGCAUCUUCUCUCGCUUCAUGGAUUACGAAUCGGAUCCAUCCUUCGAUAAAUCGCAAUUUGUGAACAAGAAUGUCGAAGCCACCGGAUUCAACCCAGGUUUGAUUGUUUUGCUUGUUGUGGGCGGGCUACUGAUAACAUUUCUCGUUGGCAACUACGUACUCUACAUGUACGCGCAGAAGACUCUGCCGCCACGAAAAAAGAAGCCAGUUUCCAAGAAGAAGUUGAAGAGGGAGAAACUGAAGCAAGGUGUUGCAGUACCCGGAGAAUAGACCCGACACCCGAAACAAAACCGCGCAUAAACUUGUCAAUGUUUCAGUACCUACAGUCAUGUUGUGAGAUGCUUGCGUUAUUGUUAGUUUUGGACUUUUGGUUCUGUUUAUUUAAUCAUGAGUGGUUUAGUUUUGACAUUUUGUUAGUUUAGACCUGAUCCAUCAUUGUGUUCUAGCAGACUAGCACUAGUCACCCGAGGGCUCGUGAACCAUGGUAAUAAUAAUAACUUUAGUUUGUGUUGCAGUGACUCUUGUUCUUAUGAAAAUGAAUGAAUCGAAACCUCUUUAUUUAA